AUGGGACGAGAUCGCAGUCGUAGUCCAAAACGAUCACAUCGCAAUCGCUCCAGAGAUAGAAGUCGUGAGCGAAGACGACGAUCGCCGAGGAGAAGUCCGCCACGAAAGGAAAUCAAGAAAGAAAUUGAGGAUUCUCCGGAUCGCCGAAGAGAUCGAAGGCGUGAAAGUCCGAAGGCGUAUCGACGAGAAGUGAAGCAAGAAGUCGUCAGUGAUGGCGAUCGCUCGCCGCGAAGUGACGAUGACCGACGGCAACGACAACGACGACGGCAAUCGCCGGAGAAUCGGCCGCGAAGAGACGAUGGAAAACAAUAUGGUCUCGAGAGGAAGGCGGCGAAGCCCGAGGAGAAUUGGGGACGACGAAGCUCGCCGAAAACGGAGAGCGACGAGCCGAUCGAGAAGGAGAAAGUGAAUUUGGGCACGUCGGGAAAACUCGCCGAAGACACGAACACGUUCCGCGGCGUCGUCAUCAAGUACAACGAGCCGCCGGAGGCGAAGAAGCCCAACGCCCGCUGGCGAUUGUAUCCGUUCAAAGGCGACGAAGCGCUGCCGGUGUUGUACAUCCAUCGCCAAUCGGCGUACCUCAUCGGACGCGAUCACAAGAUUGCCGACAUUCCCGUCGAUCAUCCGAGCUGCAGUAAACAGCACGCGGUGUUGCAGUAUAGAUCGAUUCCGUUCACACGCGACGACGGCACCAAAGCUCGCCGAAUCAUCCCGUACAUUAUUGAUUUGGCGAGCGGCAAUGGAACAUUUUUGAAUAAUGAAAAAAUCGAUCCGCAAAGAUAUUACGAGCUUCAUGAAAAGGAUAUGAUCAAAUUCGGAUUUUCGACGCGAGAAUAUAUCAUAAUGAAAGAGAAGGAGAUAAUUGACAGCGAUUAA